AUGUGGCUUCUUGAGCAAAAGUCGGAAGCAUUUGUUGCUAAGUUUUGGCAGGAGGCUUGGGGAGAUACUGAUGUAUGUUUCGAAUGCAGAGCCUUCAUUUUGAAGGCCCAUCUCAAAAAGACGGGCUCAAAGAUGACGGAUUCGAUGCUGGAAGAUUAUCCAUUUGAUGGGGAAAACCAGAAGAAUUAUGAAUUUGACAGAUUCAUAACACACUGCUGCCUGUUAGUUGAGUACCCUGACAUUCCUGAAACUCGACGGGUGAUAGAGAUCGUUGUGGAACGGUGCAGCAUAAAUACCAUUGUGGGGUUUUUGAAGUACCAGAGGAUCCCAGUCACGGACAAUUUGAUUCAAGCGGCCCAAAGAAACGAAAUUGCCGAUAAAGAGGAACUGAAGUUGUCCCUGGAGGAAAGGCGAAACCAGGCACAUUAG